AUGGCAGACGAGUACUUUGGUAGUUUUGCAACAUUAGGUAUGGCUGCUGUGGUGACCUUGGGAACUGCUGGAUAUUUUUGGAUGACAGGUGGUCCAAUCAAAAGACAGAAUGCUCUUCUUGAUUACAAACAACAAACUCGAGUAUUGAAAGAUGGAUCUCGAGUUGCUGCAUGUCUGAAAGAUGACAAUUUAGUGCCAGGAUAUUACAGCGAUGUUAAAACUAUUUGUGAAGCUGUACUACGUGGUUUACGUGAAUCAAAGAAUGGUCGAAUGUUGGGUAUACGAAAAACGCAGCUAGGUGGAAGUUCUCCAUACGUCUGGUUGACAUAUAAGGAGGUACUUGCAAGAUCAGAAAAUUUAGCGUUAGGAUUUGAAACAAUUGGUCUUACUCGUGGUCAAGAUACAUUCAUUGGUAUAUAUGUUCGAAAUCGACCUGAGUGGGUAAUUGCUGAGCUUGCAACUUAUAAUAAUAGAAGUGUAUUAGUGCCAAUAUAUGAAACACUAGGUCAAGCAGCAUGCAACUUUAUUGUGAAUCAAACACAGCUGCAAAUUGUUAUUGUGGAUGAUGAACGAAAAGCUCUGAAUGUUUUCAAAAGUAAAGCAGAUUGUCCAUCUAUAAAAUAUGUGGUAGUUAUUGACGCAUACACUGAUUCACUCAAAGAAAAAGCAAGAGCAGUUGGCAUCUCACUGUUUCAGUUCACUGAUCUCGAAGAAAGAGGGAUGUAUUCUGAAAAACGUAAUUUUGAUUUACCAUCGUCGGAAGACUUAUGCACUAUUGCAUAUACUUCAGGAACAACUGGACAACCAAAAGGUGCUAUGAUAACACAUGGGAACGUGAUAGCGUGCACAACAGGAUUGGAUUUUUUUAGAACCUGUGGUUUCCAACCUGGGGACUCGAUGAUCAGUUUUUUGCCCUUGGCACAUAUGUUUGAAAGACUGCUUGAAACAGCAGCAUUUAUGUGUGGUGUUAGUGUUGGUUAUUAUUCUGGUAAUAUUAAAACACUGAUUAAUGACAUUCAGGAGUUGAAACCCACUAUUAUGCCAGCUGUACCACGAGUAUUGAAUCGGUUAUACGAUAAUGUAAUAUCGGAAUUAAAUAAAUCAUAUAUUGCUAAAGUAUUAUUUUUGUUGGGAAUGGCUUUGAAGCGAAGAUAUUUACAACUGUAUGUUAAUUUUAGUGGUAUUUUGCGCAAUAAUUUCUGGGAAAAAUUUUUAUUUCAAAAAAUUCGUGAUGGAUUGGGUGGACGAGUAAAAUUGAUUAUAUCUGGUUCUGCACCUCUGUCUGGUGAAGUUCUGGAUUUUGUUCGAAUCACCAUGGGAUGUGUUGUUCUUGAAGGCUAUGGGCAGACGGAAUGUGUUGCUGAAUGUACAUUAAGCUGUGAAGGAGAUAGCAGUACGGGUUGUGUUGGUAUUCCUGUUUAUUGUAACAAAAUCAAACUUUUCGACGUUCCAGAGCUUGGAUAUUUUGUCAAAGAUGAGGUUGGUGAAAUAUGUGUAAAAGGAUAUAAUGUAUUCAAAGGAUACUAUAGAAACGAAGAACUUUCUAGGGAGGCAAUCGACGCUGAUGGAUGGUUGCAUACUGGUGAUAUUGGUAGAUGGACAAAAUGUGGAACACUGUCCAUUGUCGAUCGUAAAAAGCACAUUUUUAAACUUUCCCAAGGUGAAUUUAUUGCUCCUGAAAAAGUGGAACUCAUUUAUACACACUCCAAAUAUGUGUCACAAAUUUUUGUCUACGGCGAAAGUUUGAAGAGUUGUUUGAUUGGUAUUGUUGUUCCAAAAGCUGAGGAGAUGUAUAAUUUAGCAAAAAAUUUUGAUCUGCUGAAGGAUUCAUUAUUUGAACUUUGUAAAAAUGAAAAAGUAAAAAAGACAGUAUUAGAUAACAUGAUUGAAACAGCGAAGAGAUCAGGAUUAUGCUCGCUUGAACAAGUAAAAGAUAUUUAUCUAUGUUCGGAACCAUUUUCGGUUGAAAAUAAUUUGCUAACGCCAACAAUGAAGAAUAAACGUGUUGAAUUGAAGAAGCGUUUUGCUAAUGAAUUGGCCAAAAUGUAUUCAAAAUUGCAAUGA